AAAACUUACAAAAAUGUGAUCAUUGUAAAGGGUGGUACUCUAAAAAAAAUUUUGUUAAAUUGCGAGAAAAAAGUGUUAAAUUAUGCAACAAAUAUCAAGAAUCAAUUAAUAACACCAAUAAAGUAUUAUUAGUUUUUUUGGAACCUUAUAAAGAUUUUGAAGAUGCAAAACCUUGUGAGCAGAUAUUUAAUGUGGAGAUUAUGAUUUUUCUUGACACUUUCCUUGAUCAAAUUGAAACUACUGACGAAGAUGAAAGUAAUAAAAUUGUAGCGUAUCAAGUUAUAGAGCUUAUUUCCAAGGCAGAUAGAUAUACAUAUAUUUACCAUACUCAUGACAAGUUAAAAGAGG